AAGGGUGGAUUUUAGACCGUUUUUCCUCAGGGUCAUGAACCAACCACUGAGCCAAGGGGGAGCGAGGAAGUGACUUUCUGUGUAGGGCGAAUAAUCCUAUAACUGACCCCUAUGGGGCUUUUCGCUUUCCCCUCUAGCAGCUGAUAGUGUGAGUGUCAGACCCAGGACACUGGUCUAGGUGGCCACUGGGCUGCUCAGGUUUCUUCCUUUUAUAUUGUGGAAUUACAUAAAGUAAAAACUAGGAAAGCUCUAGUAGUUCAUCAGCUGAAAUUACUUGUAAGAACAAGGUGCAGCCACCCAAGAGAGGAUGAGAAGGGGAAUAAAAGGAUGUUACCCUUGUUAUUGGUUGCAAAGCCACAAAGAAAGAUGGAGCCAAAUGCAGGUAAUUCAUCCAGAAUCCUUUAAACUGGUAACACAUUGAGCAAUUUGCAGAAACCUUCUCUGUGAUGCUUAAACAAGAAAACUAAGAUCUGCCAAAAUGUCCGAAAGAUCAGAUAUCCUUCACUUCAAGUUUGACAAUUAUGGAGAUUCAAUGUUACAAAAAAUGAACAAACUGAGGGAAGAAAAUAAGUUUUGUGAUGUCGUAGUUCACAUAGAUAAUGUUGAGGUUCAUGGGCAUAAAAUUGUGUUUGCUGCAGGCUCCCCCUUUUUAAGAGAUCAGUUUUUGUUGAAUGACUCCAGAGAGCUUAAAAUCUCCAUUCUGCAGAGUUCAGAAGUGGGGAGGCAGUUGCUUUUGUCCUGCUACAGUGGUAUUCUGGAGUUUCCUGAGAUGGAGCUGGUAAAUUACUUGACUGCUGCAAGCUUUCUUCAGAUGAGCCACAUUGUGGAACGAUGUACACAGGCUCUCUGGAAGUUUAUAAAACCUAAGAAGCCAUUGGAGAGCAAGGAGGAUUGUGAACAGCAAAGCGAUUCUUCUGAGUUGAAAGAACACCAAGGAGAUGAGGACUCUCUGCAACAGGAUUCACUAUGUAUUCAAACCUCAGAAGACAGUAUGGACAUGGAAGAUAGUGACAUUCAGAUUGUCAAGGUGGAGUCUAUUGGGGAGGUGUCUGAGGUUAGAAAUAAAAAAGAUCAAACCCAGUUUAUUUCUUCUGAACAAACUGCUUUACAUUCAUCAGAGCCUCAGCACUUUUUAAUCAAUUCCACUGUGGAAAACAGAACGAGUGAAAUAGAACAAAAUCAUCUCCACAACUAUGCCCUUUCUUAUGCUGGCAGUGACAAUUUCAUCAUGGCCUCUAAAGACAUGUUUGGUCCUAACAACAGAGGUAUAGACAAGGGUCUCCAAUGGCACCACCAGUGUCCCAAGUGUACCAGAGUAUUCCGGCACCUGGAAAACUAUGCUAAUCAUUUAAAAAUGCAUAAACUGUUCAUGUGUCUGCUGUGUGGUAAGACGUUCACUCAGAAAGGCAAUCUCCACCGACACAUGAGAGUGCAUGCAGGGAUCAAACCUUUUCAGUGUAAAAUCUGUGGGAAAACCUUCUCUCAGAAAUGUUCUUUACAGGACCAUCUCAAUCUGCACAGUGGAGACAAGCCUCAUAAAUGUAACUAUUGUGACAUGGUCUUUGCACAUAAACCUGUUCUGAGGAAACACCUUAAACAGUUACAUGGAAAAAAUAGUUUUGACAAUGCCAAUGAAAGAAAUGUUCAAGAUAUAACAGUGGACUUUGAUUCUUUCAGCUGUAGCACUGCUACAGACAGUAAGGUCUGUCAACAAACUGAUGCAAGCCAGAUACUGGAUGCAGGGAAAUUGGCUCAGGCUGUGCUCAAUUUAAGGAGUGAUAGCACCUGUGUUAAUUAAGCAUUCCAAGCAGCCCUUUGUAGGCAUCAUGAAGAAAGGAACAAAAGGUUGGAUUUGGGCUUUCACCAAAGCAGAUGGUAUGCCCUGAAAGGUUGUGUACAGAUUGAAUUACAAAACCUAACAGGUUGUCAGCCUUCAUUCUAGUCUUGUUAUUUUCUGUGACUAGCAAUCCUCAUGCAGGGUUUCUGUCUGUGUUCCUACUGGUGAGCAUGGGGUUAAGUUUUGGAUUUGUUACAUUUUGGAUCAUUUAAUCUGAUUUGGAGACAUGGGACUGUCACCUUUUGAAGAACUCUUGCUGUAGGCAGUCAUCAAUUAAACUAUGUGCUGUACAGUUAAGGGCCUGUGUAUGUCUGGGCAGAUAGAAGAAACAACAGAAAGGAUGAGUCUAUGAGAUAAAACCUGACUUUUACAAAAAGCACUGGAUAACUGAGAGUUAUGAAGUUCAACUGCUAAUUUAUCUGUUAAAACUUCAGUUAUUUGCCUUCCAAUCUUACCCAAAUCCCUAAAGUUAAAAUUAAAUACUUUUUUCCACGUGUCACUUUUUUGUCCCUUUUAAACUAUGUAAUUGAAUUUUCUCUGCUAAUCAGCCCUACCCCAGCCGAUAGCAACUUUCAGGAUUAUUAACAUAGAUGUAUGUUUAUAAAGAGCUAAAGCCCUGAAUGAUCUAGGUGGGUCAGGUAGAUUACAUGGUACUGUUUGUAAAGCAAAUAAAUUGCAGAUUUUUAGAAUAUGAGGCUGAUUGCCUAGGGUCAGGGUACGACUUCUUCCUUGAUGUAGCGCUACUGAGGAUGUGCUUUCACAGCAUAAUUAGCUCAGGUAAUAAUUGGAAUGCUACCCCUAGCUCAACUCCCAUCCACACACGGAAUUCUCUAGCUCAAGUUAAGUGGUGCUUUAAAUUCUAGCUAGCUAGUUGGGAGGGCGGGCGUUUGAAACUUAAGUGAUGUUGAUGCUAAACCUAGUAACUCUCUGGGGAUGCAACAACUUGAGUUACAACAAGCAUGUAGAGGACAAUAAGAGAAUAAAUAAUACCCAAUGUGGGCUUCUCAAAAAUCAUGCCAAACCAAACUAAUUUCCUUCAUUGACAGAGUUACUGUCCUAGUGGGUAGAGGGGAAGCACUAGAUGUAUGUUCCCCUCCCUCCAUCUUGAUUUUCAGUAAGGCUUUUGACUUAGACUCACAUGAUUUUUUCAUAAGGAAACGUGGUCUAGAUGAAGUUACUAUAUGGUGGAUGCAUAACUGGUGGAAAGACUGUAUUCAAAGAAUAGUUAUCAAUAGUAGCUGUCCAAUUGGAAGGCAGUAUCUAGUGGGGUCCUGCAGGAGUCUGUCUUGCGUCCAGUACUUCUCAAUAUUUUCAUUAAUGACUUGGAUAAUAUAGUGUAGAAUGUGCUUUUUAAAUGUGAGGAUUACCACCAAACUGGCAGGGAUUUGUAACACUUCGGAGGAUCAGAUCAGAAUUCAAAAUGAUCUUGCCAAAUUGGAGAAUUGGUCUGAAAUCAACAAGAUGAAAUCCAGUAAAGUCAAGUGUAAAUUUAGGAAUAAAAAAUCAAAAGCACAUAUAAAACUGGGAAUAACUGGCUGUGAGUUUAUAUUGUUGAAAAUGAUCCAGUAGUUGUAGUGGAUCACAAAUUUAAUGAAUCAACAAUGUGAUGGAGUUACCAAAAAGGUAAAUAUCAUUCUGGGGCGUAUUAACCGGAGUCCCAUAUGUAACACACAGGAGGUAAUUGUCCCACUUUACUCAGCAGUGAUGAGGCCUCUGUUGGAGUGCUAUGUCCAGUUCUGAGCAUCUCACUUUAGGAAAGAUGAGGAGAACGGGAGAGCAACAAAUUUAUAGAAGGUUUAGACAGGGUCGCCCAGAGGAUUCCGGGGGCCUGGGGGCGGCAGGCUCCCGUUGCCGAAGACCCAGCACUUCGGCGGUGGGUCCCAGGGCGGAAGGACCUCCUGCCGCAGGUCUUCGGUGCACUUCGGCAGCAGGUCCCGGAGCAGAAGGACCCCCCGCCGCCGAAUUACCGCCGAAGACCCGGAGCGGAAGAAGCUUUGGGGGCCCGGGCCCCGUGAGAGUUUUCCAGGGCCCCCAGAGCAAGUGAAGGACCCCGUUCCAGGGGCCCCGAAAAACUCUCGUGGGGGCCCCUGCGGGGCCCGGGGCAAAUUGCUCCACUUGCCCCCCCCUCUGGGCAGCCCUGGGUUUAGAACACCUGACCUAUGAGGAAAGGUUUAAAAAAAAGGGGGGGGGGGGCAUGUUUCGUCUUGAGAAAAGGAGACUGAUGGGGAGGAUGUGAUCAUAGUUUUUAAAUGUGUUGAGAGAUGUUAUGGAGAACAAUGUCCACUCGAAGGUAGCAGCAAGAGAGAUCUAGAUUAGAUAUUAGGGAAAUUUUCUAAAUAUAAGCUGUAAUGAAACAGGCUUCCAAGGAAGGUUGUCGAAUUCCCAUCAUUGGAAGUUUUAAGAACAGAUUAGAGAAACAAAUGUUCUAGGAGGUUUACUUGGUCCUGUCUCAGCACAGAGGGCUGGACUAAGUGAUCUCUCGAGGUCCCUUUCUGCCCUACAGUUCUAUUAUUCUAACUCAACAGCAACUAAUCAAAUCAGGCUGUGAAACUCCCGUAUUGCUUUGAAGUGUGGUUGCUCUCACUCAAGCUAGGCUAGCUUGAAUGCAGUAACUAAAGCAUGCUAACUUGUAGUGAAGACAAGCACUAAAGGACCACCUAUCCCUGUAUGUACUAAGACAUGGUAAAGACUUCAAAAUAAAAUUAUUGUUCUGUCUCCUAUAAACAUUGCUUCACAUAAACCACAGCAAUUGUGACUUUCAUAUUUGGUUUUAAAGCAAAGAUGGAGUGGGGAAUAUUGCUUUAUUUAUGACGUGAAAAGAAUCUCUUCAGCAGCUGAAAUGUGUAAUUCCAUACUUUUUUUUAUUAUUAUUUUAUUUUUAUUUUAAACUCUUCCUAGAGCUAUACUAGGAGCUAUGUAUGUCAGUUAACUGGGGGGAAAAUAUAAAGUUAGAUCAUAGUCUCUGUUGAAUCCUAAAAGUAUGCACUUCAUCUUGAAAAGUAGACUAGAAUUUAGCUACCACCCUACAUAGUUCAUGAAUCCUAGAGCUUUACAAGGUAAGAGUUUAGAUAGAGUAAGAUACAGGUGUCAUUGGCUGUAGAUUAAUGCAUCAGUUAUUGACUGUGAUCAGCAAUAGCUCUUUUACACAUCUUUGAAUCUCAGACCUAGAGGGAAUGGAAUGUUAACUGGGGGUUGAGAUUAUGCUGUACUUGUUUUGAAAAGUGUCAUGGAAGUUUUAAUCUAGAUGGCUGCCAUCGUAGUUGGAGUGAAAGGACCAUACUUUAAUAUCUCAUCUGAAGAAUACCAUUUACAGAAGAGCAGCACUCUUACUGAACUGAAAUGCAGUGUGGUCUAAUAAUCUACUGCUUGACCCUUGGUAAAGAACUGCUUUUCACAUUUGGAUCAAGUAUUACUUCUAAUGCAGCUGUUUAAGUCUAGUACUGUAACAAUGCUAAACUAAAAUACGACCAAAGCAUUUUAUUGCAGAAAAUAAUGUAUAUUUCAUUAUCAAAAGACAGCUUGGGUCUUGAGAAAAGGGGCAUACAAAAGUCAGAAGUUCCCAAAACAAGCAUUACAGUGAAUGAAGUGCUAAUGUUGCAAAAUGUUAUGAAAGGACACAAUCACCUUUUCAGGUAAAAAGUUUUAAAUGGCUAUUGUUGCCUGUUGUGUGUACAGUUUUGGAAUAAGUAAUGGGCAAUGGAGAGGGGGAAACAAAUAUCAUAGCAGAUUAAUUUAGUUCUGAAAUGUAACUAUUUUAGGAAACUAUUUCUUUCAGAAUCUUGGUUCAGAGACAGCUUGCAUGGAAAAAUAAAUUAAAAUUUUUAAAGAAAAAAAUAGAAAACCUGCGUACAAAAUCAGCUUGAGCUGUUACCCCAUGGUUAUGAUGUCUGAAAUAUUGCAUGUGGAUCUGAUUUCAGGCAGAAUCUUCCAUAUUGUUCAAACAUUUUGAUACUAUAAUAUUCAUUAUAUGGAAAAUGGGUUAUAGCUCUAAUGUGGACUAGAGACAAAGAAAAUCUUGUCAAUGCUUUUUCCCCCGAAUUAAGAAUUAAAAUGGAGCCUGGCACUAUUGUUAUAAAAUCUAUUUAUACAGACUAUCCAAAGGCAGCUUUGUUAUAGAAUAAAAUGAACUUAAUAUGUAGCCAAUCAUGUAUGUAUAACUUUCUUCUAAAUCACUUUUUAUUGCAAAGUUCUAACUGGCCUAGAUCCACUUGAAGUUGAUAGUGCUGUUGCUUAGUCAGAUAAAUUCUCUGGCAAUUGUCAUAAUCUGUAUGUUAAUGUGUCAAACACCAUUUACUGAUAAAUGGCUAAUCUCACAACUGAGUGUAAUGUACAAGUUCCUGCCUAUCCUAAAAAUAAUUAGGGGAAAAGUCUACCAUUACUAAAAUAUUUGAAAGACACUUUGGCCACAUUUGUAAGGAUUAUUUUUGCUUUUAGAACCUAUUUACUUGAUGAACAUACGGGUAAGAGAACUACUGUAGGUUUGUCUUACCUUUGUAUAGAAGAAUUUUACAAGUUAGUGACUCUGACAUACCUGAAGUAUCAGGUUUUUUGUGGGGUUUUUCCCCCUUCUCCUCUGUGGCAAAACUUAUAAACCUAUACAAUUUGUCACACCAGUAGUCUUAUUUGACUUGAACAUAGAGCACAUUGAAUGCAAAAGUACAGAACAUGAGAGGACUGAUGGUGAAUACUGGAGUCAUUUUGAGAAGGGAUGGAGAGUAAGGAGAGAGAGUUUAAUUAAAAAUGUGAAACAAAGCAAAACUCCAUUAAAAAUAUUACUGGUAUCCUGCA